UUUGUUUUAUUUAUUUGUCCUUUUCCUUUUAGAGUAUCUCCCAAAAAUGAAGCUGAAGCGCACAUUGCAUUUUGGAACUUCAACUGUAGUAUUUUGACUGUGAAUUAAAUGUUCAUCUUAAAGAUUUUUUUUAAGCAGCCACAAUCUGGAUAUAGUUUUUCCUUCUCCUGACUUAGUUGCAUGUUAAGGAAUCCAUUUAAAUCCGCCAUGGUGAUAAACCACCAAUGUCAAGCUUCAAGACACACGGCAGUCAUGUCUCUCACUCCCACACACUCUUUCUCUUUCCAGAGCAUACACGCCCGCAGGCACGCACACGGGCACGCACGAGCGCGCACGCACACACCAGCACGGCUUGAAAAUCUGUCAAUUUCUGCCGCGUGGUCACGUGUUCUCCUCCUCAGAGGAGUGGAUGGAGAUGGCUCUCCACGUCAGCUUACGUCUCCAAAUUUCUGCCUCGCGAACCUGCUUCAAAGAGGGCGAGAGGCACGGCGCUUCAGAGCCAUGUUCAGGGCGGUUAUAGAGGAAUCCAACCCCAACAUAGAGUUCUAGAAGUGGCUCAACUACGAUGAUGGAUUUCGACGAGCGGGUCCCCGUCGGAUCGAACAUGUAUUUACCCAGUUGCACUUAUUACGUUUCGGCGGGGGCUGAUUUCUCCGGUCUUCCCUCGUUUUUGUCCCAGACCCCGUCCACCCGCCCCAUGACAUACUCGUACUCCUCUAACCUGCCGCAGGUCCAACCAGUCAGAGAGGUGACAUUCAGGGACUACGCUGCCAUUGACGCGUCCAGUAAAUGGCCGCACCGGGGGAACCUAGCCCAGUGCUACCCCAGCGCGGAGGACAUGGUGCACCGGGACUGUCUGUCGGCUCAGAGCGCGGUGGUGGGGGACAUGUUCGGGAAAAACAGCCCCGCGGCCGCCGCCGCCGCCUACCACCACCACCACCACCACCACCACCAUACGGGCGCUGGCUCCGCCGCCGCCGCCGCCGCCACCAAUUUCUACGGCAACGUGGGCCGAAACGGCGUGCUGCCGCAAGCCUUCGACCAGUUUUACGAGACGGCGUACGGCAACGCGUCGGAGAGCUCCUCCACGAUUGCCUUCUCAGGGGACAAAACCGCGAUCAAGCAGCCCAGCUCGGCGCCGGAGCAAGCACCAUCUUGUCCAGACAGCGAAGCGAAGGAGCAGCGGGAUGAAACGAGCAGCCCGGAGUUAUCUUCCGGCAACAAUGAGGAGAAAUCCAGCGGCAGCAGUGGACAGAGGACCCGCAAGAAAAGGUGCCCUUAUUCCAAAUAUCAGAUCAGAGAACUUGAAAGAGAAUUCUUUUUCAGCGUGUACAUAAAUAAGGAGAAACGGCUGCAACUGUCGCGGAUGCUCAACCUCACCGACCGACAAGUAAAGAUUUGGUUUCAGAACCGUCGCAUGAAGGAGAAGAAACUGAACAGAGACAGAUUACAGUAUUACACGUCCAAUCCCCUGCUUUAGGAACCAGAACCACCCCCGCCACUAGCUCCGGUAGUCCCCUGCUGUGGGGCUGGCUACGUUUACAGACUGGCUGGCUCUCUCCAGUGUACUCUGUGUACCACAAUGGCCGCGACAGCAGCAAUAAUACUGCUCAAUGGUUAAUUUCAAGUUCGAGGACAACAGCCCGAUUAUAUGAAAUACCUUGAACUGCGACCGUCUGUGGACUUGAUUUCGCUCCUACAUUCUCCAAAAGCAGGAUAAUGUAGAAACUGUUCUUUGUCCCCCGCUAUUAGCGAAGGCCCGAGUUAAUAUUGUGGAUCACAGACGCCUUGCUUUAUUUUCGUUCCUGUGGGCAAAAAAAACAAACAAAAAAAUUAGCAGUCACAAAAUGACUGCUCCAGUGUAUUUUGUAAUCAAAAGUUAUAUUUGAUUUUCUUUGUCUGUUCAAAUCAGAAAAAGUGUUGGAUUAGGUAAAUAUGAGAUUUCUAGGCUAAUCGAAUAUUGGUGUGACCAAAUAAUGAGUCCGUUCGGACGAGAAUAAUGUGUUUUUGUUUCGUGUGCUUAUUUAUUUUGUAGCCACUUAUUUACUAUCUCCUUCAAUGCCACGGCUAUCCAAGUCACUAUUAAAGGCAGGCUGCGUGGAGUCCAUGUCGAAUGUUGACCUCAAAACCAGCUUCUUGUCGGGUCUCGUGUUGCCUGCGAUACAUGAGGGCUUUCCAAUUACAAAUUGCGUGUCUCUCAAUACUUAAGUCCCCUUUUGACUCCAGGAGACUUUCCGUGGAGUGUUGAUCAAACAGGCCAAAACCAGAGAGAUAAGCUUACACCCCGGGUCCGUGUGGAGUUGCACUGGGGUACACUCCCGACUCAUUCACACAGGUGUAGCGCCUACACGCAGUGGGCCUCUUCGGUCUGAUGUUGAUAAGAUUCUUUUUCACGAUUCGUGCUCCUGGGGUACUCGGGAUAUACAAAGACAAAAGAGCUACACUAUUUGUAGCGUGCUGUCAGGACAGGGCUGGUCAGGGUCAUCGCAUUGAAUCAACUGCUUGAUAUGUCCAAAUUAUUGUGUAUUAUACUAUAUUUCCAAAUAAUAAUAAAAAAAAACAAUUCAAACAAUUGCUGAAAACCAAGU